ACUAUCGAUAAUUAUCACGCUCGUUUUCCAACACUAGAAACAAAAAUUACAAGCUGGCUGGGAAGAAGCAGUGCAACAGAAAACGAAGAAAAAGUUGAACAAAUUAACAUAAAUAUAAAGCACAUACAAGAAACUGGCCCAAACAUAAGGUGACUACUCCAUCCUCAUCUUGGCGAUGGAUAAAAAGGCCAAGGAGACGCUGCGACGCUACAAAAAGUCGGCGCGCCACUCAAGCAGCUCCGAUUCUACCUCGGACUCGGACAGCGGCAGCAGCUCGUACAGCAGCACAGACAGCGAGCAGGGCGUAGGCGUUGGAGGCGGGGGCGUGGGAGUCGGUGGCGGAGGUGUUGGCGGCGGCGGCGGCAACGGAGGCGGCGGCGGUGGAUCCGGCAUCGGCGUCCAUCCCCACGGACCGCACGGUCACGGGCAUCAUCCGAGGUCCGCGGAGAGACACCACCGGAAAAAGAAGAGCUCCCGGCGAGGCGGUAGUUCCUCCGGCGACGAACAUUCCCGCCGGAAGCGGGACAAGCGAGACCACGUCCAGAAGAAGCUGGUGGCGAAAAGGAAUCACAUAAAACGCAAACUGAAGGAGGCCCGUUUGAAGAAGCGUGCCGCUGCCGUCCUCAGCGGCCAUGUCCAUCGUUCCCUGUCGCCAGCCACGCGGGCCAAGCUGAAGAAACUGGCGGAGCGGAAGCGCCUGCGGGCCGCCAGCAAGGAACAGAGGGAGCGGGAGAAGCUCAGGGCCGUCCAGCGGGACAGAGAGCGCGACCACCAUCGGCUGGGCAGCAGCCGGAGUCCGCCCAGUAGCAGCACCACCACCACCACCAAGAUACGCAUCCACCAGGACAUCGUGGGCAAGCGGCAGAAGAGUCCCGGCGCCAGCAGCUCCUCGUCGCGAAUGCACCACCAACUAAUGUCCCGCGAGAAGAUCAUCAUCCAGACCAGGGCACGCGGACGCACGCCAUCGCUCGAGAGGGAGCGGGAGCGAGAACGUGAGAGGGAGCGGGAACGAGAGCGGGAGCGACACGACCUGUCCCUGCGCGAACGGGAUCGCCGGGAUCGGGAGCGCGAGCGAGCCGAGCGGGAGGCGGCCCGGGACAAGGAGAGGGCCGAGGCGUUGGCGCGAUGCCAGGAGCGGCAGCGGGAGCGCGAGCGUCUGGCCCGCGAGAAGCUGCGUCGCCAGGAGCAGGAGGAGGAGCAGGGCGGCAAACGCGGCGCCCCCGGGCGCGACUUGGAUAUGCCGCCGUACGGCAGCCGGGAACGGUCCCUGGACGCCGUGGAGAGGGAGCGGGAGCGCGAACGGGAACGGGGCGGCCGGCGAGACAAGCGCGAGCUGGACCCCUACGAGCGGGAGCAGGAGUAUCUGGAGGAGCGACAUGGCCAUGGCCUGAUGGAUGAAAUGAGGCGCUAUCGCAGGCGGGAACUGGCCGAGCACUACGAGCCGCGGAUGCGGGAUCCACGCGAUCUCUACACCGAAGAUGAAAGGGAGCGGGCCUACAAACGAGCGUUCCUGGAUGCCAGGUACUCGUCCCGGGAACGGGAAGCCUGGCUGGAGGCGCGCGAACUGAGAGAGCGGGAGCUGCAGGAGUUGCAGGAGCGCGACUACCGCGAACUGGAACCGGAGGAUGGCCUCUAUCCGGACGAACGCGAGCGCCUGAUGCGCGAGCGGGAGAGGGAACGGGAGAGAGAGCGCGACCGGGAGCGGGAGCGCAACCUGAGACCGCGAGGCGACUAUCGGCCGGACUGGGACCGUGACUGGGACGAGGACGGCGGCGCCGGCGGUGGUCCGGGAGGAGCUAGCGGCACGCCCGGCCGGCCCAGCGGCUUUGUGGGCGGUCCCAAGCGCGGCAAGCCCGGAGGCGGACCGCCACCGCAGCAGCAGCAACACCACUCGGCCUCGGAGCCGGACUGGGAUGCGGACGAGAGGGAGAGGGAGCGCGAACGGGAGCGAGAGCGUGAGAGGGAGCGGGAGAGGGACCGCGAGCGGGACAGAGAUCGGGAGGAUCGACCGGAUGCGGGUGGCAACGACAGGUCCGCCAUAAAUAUCAAGAACGAACCCGCCUGGCUGGAGCACGACCAGCGGGACAAGCCCCGCUCCUGGCAGCAGCAGCAGCAGACAUCGUCGGCCGCUUCCGGCGGAGAUUGGCGCGACAACGAAGACGGCGGCGGACCCUCCACCCAUCCCCAUCCCGCCUCGCCGCACCACCACGUCCAUCCGCGUGGCGAGCGGGGAUCGAGUCGUGGCUUCCGACGCGGCGGGCACGGCGGCCAUGGAGGCGAUCACGGCGAUCGACCCGGCUACAGGUCCCAUCCUCCGCCUCUGAUGACGUUGCCAGUGCAGCCACCCGGCGGCUACUCCCGCGGCUUCCCCCACAAGCGGUUGCCCUACGGCGGUGGCGGUGGCGGUGGAGGAGGACGCGAUGGCGGCUCCGGAAGAGAUGGAGGUGGGGCCUCCGGCUCCUCGGGCUUCCUCAAGAAACAUCCCCACCCGCCGCUGGCCUCGCCCACCCAGUCGCCGCUCCUGAAUCCGCUGGGACCCGGCGGGAAGUCGAAUAACGCCGCCCAGGCCAGUGUUGUGGCCGCCGCCACCACGGCAGUGGCUGCCGCCAAAGCGGCUGCCCAAAGUGCCGCGAAUGCCACCACAAAUCCGGGAAUUCUGGCACAGGUCAGCAAGCUGAACACGUCGAAUAUCAAGCAAGAGGAAGCCUCGGAGGACUCGGCCGGCACACCGGAACUGGGCGCCCAGGACUCACCGGCCCAGAUCCUGGGCUGCGGGGGCGAUCCGGUGAAGCUCGAGCCACGGCCCAGCACCGGCGAGGGGGAGCUGAGCGAGAUCAGCGACAGCGACGACGACAUCCUGAACAAGACGGACAAGGUGCGGCCGAAGAGCGAGCUGCCGCUGGAGGCGUCCCAGGACGUGGACAGCAAUGCGGAGGAGAUCAAGAACGAGGCGCUCAACGGGUCGGGCGGAGCGGCCAUCAAGGUGGAGGAAGUGGACGAGGUGCUGGACUUUGAGGAGAUAUCCGACGGCGAACUGGAGGAGGACGCCAGGCACAAAGGCAUUGGCGACGCCUUGGGCGUGGACUGGCAGGGACUGAUCGCCGAGACCCGGCAGCAGGCCUCCGACGCCCAGGCCGCCCAGCAGGGCGUGGACCAGCGCGGCACCUCCGCCAAGCAGCGCUGGCAGCCGCACCGGGUGCUCCUCGACAUGGGCAUCUCCUUCGGCAUGGCUGGCGAGGAAUAUGCCCGCCGCGUGAUGGACGAGGCGCGCCAGCAUCUGAUACUGGAGAAGGAGCGCGAGCAGGAGGGCCAGGAAGUGAAGCUCCCAGUGCCGGUGCCGUCGACAACGUCCACGACGCCCACUCCGCUGCUGGACUACCGGGACCUGCUGCUGGCCAGUCCGGCUCAAAUGGAGCCGCUGGCCUGCGUGCAAAUGGGCCUCCGGGCGGCCGCCGCCGAACGCCAGCGUCUGGUGGGGAAUGUGUGCGGCCCCGGCAGCCGGGCGUUGUGUGCCCGCCAGGAUCUGCGGCUGCGGCGGCAACUGUGCGGCCUGCCCGCCCGCGAAUGCGAAUUCCCGCGCAGCGCUCCCGAGGUGAGCGACGGGCUGCGCAGCCUGGCCAUGGAGAUGUUCCAGCGCAGUCUCCUGGAUGUCAAAUGAGAUCGUGAAGCGGCGGAGGAGAGAGCACCGGAGUCCGGCGAGGGCGACGACGACGAUGACGACGACGAUGACGAUGACGACGAUGAUGAUGACAAUGAGGAUGAUGAUGAGGAGGAGCCAGAUCAUUUGGACCAUGCGGGCGCAGUGGAGCUGGUCCAGCCCAUUCCCUACCGCCUGGACAUCCGGCUCUACAUGGGCGAUCCGGAGGACCAAUGAUUCUGGACGGGUUCUACAGCUGGUGGGACGUGUAGCCUUAGUCCUUGAGGAUGGAUCCCCCAUGUGGGAUGUGCAGACAUCCAAUUAUUGUAGAAAUUUGCUAAAUUUUAAUUUUAAAUUCCCUAGAUUGUAACAUUAAACUUGAAAUAAAUGCGCUUUAAUUGUGGAAAAGAAAA